GUAUAACGAAGGUCAUGGCGUCAGAGAUCUCGCCGCAAACAUGUAGUCGCCUACCAUCUUGGUCCAGAAUUACCUUUUGAAUGCUUGAAUGGACGAUGCGCAUAUAAGCAAGUAUGCCUGGCUAGUGUGUGCACAUCCCUACCGACGAUAACGAACGAUUCCCCACCAACGUUUAUGAACACUCUCAACAUGACUCGACGACGCGACAAGUACACGUAUUACGCUCCCUGCGAUCAGACUGUGUCACACAUGACCAUUUACUACGAUGCGCCACCGAAUGGCAAUGCAAGGGCCUCGCGCGGGCGCAGGAAGCCUGGCUCAAGCACUAGUGACGAAGGACUGAAUGCGUCUCUGGCGUCGCGGGCGGCGCCGACGGUCGCCCACGCUCCUGCUGCGGUAGCCAAAAACACCCGUCGCCCAGGUCGCCUACGUGCAUUGCGCAACUACCUCACCCAUCGCCUCAUCCGAGGCUCCUCUAACCACCCCGGAGCGCAUGAUCACGUCACCACGAAUACGGAAUGUGCCACGAACAUCUCUGAACCUACCCAAUAUCACUCUCACGACAACGAAUCCACACGCUCCUCAGUUUCCCCACCUACGCUUACAUACGAACCCAGCGUCGAAGCAAAUAUAUCAGGCCGCUUUAAAGGGCUCGAGGAGCGCCUCACCCGCCUUUCUGCACGCCUGGACGAGGUCGAACGGCGGACCCACAACGUAUCCCCUAUAGCAUUUCGGGGUUCAUCUGAAUCGUCUCAUGAUGCCCACGACUUGUCCGAAAGGCCUGCUACCGCCGGCCAGAAUGAUGUUCACCCAUCGCUCCGCCCCGGGCAUGUGAGCUCAGCUUGCGCGCCACCUAGACCGCCGAGUCUUCAGUUCCCAGCAACCAACACCCUCGCCUCAGAUGGUCAUGCUAUGCCUCCCUCCACAGGCCUGCCGCCGUCGCUGCGCUCGCCGCCCGGACUGUCGAGUCAUCGGCGAGACACGAGGAGCGCGGUCGCUGCAAAUCGUCGAAAUGGACCACCCGUGACACCUAUCUCUGUCAACUUUUCCGGUCAGUCCAUCGCGACCUCGUCGCCGGAAACGCUUGAGGCGUGGAAUGGCACGCCACCAGAGCCACACCACUGUGUCCACUACGCCGUGCCCUUGCCGUCAGUCCCGCCUCUUCCGCAAGCGUACAGCGGUCCAUUUACCGACAGAUCAUACACUUCGUUACCUCCAGAUGGUGUGUGGAACGACGCGAACGCGGCUCCGCCGCAGCCUCACGAUAGCUCGGACUGGUCCAUGCCUCCGCCUCCUCUCCAGCUUCCUAUCCCUCUGCCAGAUGUCGACGAUCCUGAGAUGAAUCCGACUCCGAGGCACCUUCCUGCAUAUCUCCCUAUGAUCCAGGGACACCCUAGCACGCUCGGCCUGGAUGUUCCAUUUCACCUGCCUUCUCCCAUACAACCUCACCCAAUAUAUAAGGAAAACCACCGGUUUCAUCGAUUCUGGGAGGAGUGGGAUCUUGGAACGUUCCUCAACGCGGAGUGCACCCAGGCUCCCCCUCACAUGCGCCUUUCUCGGAGGCCCGACCCGCAGAUGGUACAAUAUCACCAUGCGGUUUCGGCCAUGUUGGCGCGCAAGCGAACGGAUGCUCGUCUCCAAAAUAUGCUUUUUGGGACCAACUCUUCGUCUGUGUUGUCUGCGUUCAAGAAGCAGCGUGCUGACGGUGAUUUCACCGACGGUCUCGGAUCUUCUAGUCUGCUCGCUGAAGCUCUUCGCCAGCGUACGGCCGAUGCUCGUCCCGAACUCUCGCUUGCGCAGGUAAAUGCACCGCCGGCUGGACUUGGACCUCCUUCGGUGAUCGAGGAAAGUGUUCCUCUCUCGAAGACGGCAAUAGCCCUCGGGUCCUCGCCUGAGCGAGCGACCGUCGUCGAAGACGUGGACCACCCGACCGCGCCCACCUCUGUUCCUACUGCUCUUGUGCAAUCAAGUCGUGGCUCCGACGAGGCUUCCGUGCGCGUGACUCGAGGCUCUACGACCAGUGACAAGGUGAAGUACAAUAUCCCGACUUACGUCGGCGGCUUCAAAGCAUCCAGAACCUGCGCGGGGCUGCGGUUGAUCAUCGACGUUGAUACUCCCAAUCGCACCAAACCGAGUUGCUCCACAUACUUCUACGGCGACUUCGACCUGGCCAUGGAGAGUCUUCGAGGAAUGUUGGAGAUUGAGGAACGUCUGCACAACCUGACACAGCUCUAUUUACGCAUCAACCGCCUGCGAGAUAACAACAACCAGGACAUUAUGAUGCGGGUCUUUGCGCAGCUGAAAGACGACCUGCGUUAUCUCCACUUGAUAGAUGUGCUUGUGCAGGCCGCCGAUGUGAUCCCUGGGUCCGUGGAUCUCAGCGCUCACCGCCACAAAUUCACGCAACUACGAGAGUUGCGAAUUAGCGGUGUCGCAUCCCCUGAACGCUUUGGCUGUUUUCCGCUAGAUCGCGUCAUCCGGCUGGGCAUUAUGGUACCAAUAUCUGUCCCCGAUAUCUUGGAAAUAUUGAGGCGAACGGAGAGGCUGGAUUUCCUGAUCCUGGACUUUUGCCAACGCUCCGAGAUCGUCCUCACGCAUUUCACGAGCUAAAGAAGCGCAGGACGCGCAAGACCUCAGUCUUCCUGC